AUGUCUGCAAAUCUAGAUCCAAUGAUAUAUCCAAUAUUUUUUCCAAGAGGUGAUGCAGGAUGGCAUGAUCAACUAGAGCACAAUCCUGACCGAGCAACACGUGUUCGAAAUCGUUAUGCUGUUGAUGCAUAUGUCAAGAUUGAAGGGCAGCGCCUUGCUUUUAUCAGAAAUAACCAAAACAAACUUAGAAGUGAACAAUACGAUACAUUACAUGAGUAUGUAAAUAAUGUUGCAAAUAACCUUAAUCUAGAAACAGCAGAGGAUAUUGAUAGUUUAAUAUCAGCUGAAAUUCCUGAUCAAACUGUUGAUCCUGAACUUUUUGAAAUUGUAAAAACAUGUAUGAUUCAUGGACCAUGUGGGAUUUUAAAUCCCAAUUCUCCUUGCAUGAAAAAUGGAGUUUGCACAAAAAAAUUUCCUAAAGAGUUUAAUCCUUGCACUUUUGCAAUUUUCAAUGGUUAUCCUAACUACAGGCGUUUAGAUAAUGGUAGAGUAGUCAUUAUAAAAGGUAACCAAGUUGAUAAUCGAUGGGUCGUACCCUAUAACCCCUGGUUAUCAAAAAAAUACCAAGCCCACAUUAAUGUUGAAGCUUGCAUGUCUAUUAAGUCAGUGAAGUAUUUAUACAAAUAUGUCUAUAAGGGGCAUGAUUGUGCGAAUGUGGUAAUUAAUGAAAGUGUUGACCAUGAUGAAAUUAACACAUAUUUAGACUGUCGCUUUGUUUCCGCCCCAGAGGCUCUUUGGCAAAUAUAUGAGUAUUCCAUAAGUGAUAUGUCACAUACUAUUAUCCGCCUUCAAAUCCACCUUCCUGAUAAUCAGAGAGUAUAUUUUAACGAAGGAGAAGAACAAGUAGCUAUAGAUCGUGCAGCACAGCGUGACACUCACCUAACUGCUUGGUUUAAGUUAAAUGCUGAAAAUAAUGAAGCACGUCAGUAUUCUUAUGUUGAAGUUCCAUACCACUUUGUUUUUGGUAAAAAUUGCAUGUGGAAAGUAAGACAAAGAGGUGCAAAGUCUUUUGAGGAUUUGCGUACUGUUCAUGGUACUGUUUUUAAUACAUUUCGUGAAGCAUGUUAUCAUUUAGGUUUAUUGCAAAUUAGGCUACUGUUUUCCAUCAUAUUAACUUUAUGUGAACCUGAUGAUCCUUUACACCUUUGGAAUACAUUUAAAAAUUAUAUGGUUGAGGAUUACAUACACCAUUCAAUGCCAGUCGUACUUGCUGAGCAGGCAGCUCUUCGUCAAAUUGAAUCUAUAAUUAAUCAGAGUGGUAAAACCUUAGCUGAUUAUAAUUUGCCAGCGUUAGAUCAGUUUUUAGAUAAUGUCCCAGAAAAUGAUGAUGAAGAUGUUCAGGUGUUUAUUGAUGAAGCAAACCGAGUUAGACCAUUAUUGAAUGAUAAUCAACGUAAUGUAGCUGAUGCGAUCCUUGUUGCACUAAAUGUGGAACCUACUAAUGAAAAUGAGCAUUCAAGGUUGUUUUUUAUGGAUGGGCCUGCGGGUUGUGGUAAAACAUUUACUUACAAUUAUUUAAUUUCUGAAACACAGAGCAGGCAUAUUAGAACUGCAACAGCUGCAUGGACAGGAAUAGCUGCAAAUCUUCUCAAAAAUGGGUGCACAAUGCAUGGCUUAUUCAAACUUCCUAUUCCAAUUUUGGAAACUAGCACAUGUAAUGUAACUCCAAACUCUAUUCAUGGUAGAUUCCUGAGACAAAUCAGUUUGUAUUUACUUGAUGAAGCAUCUAUGAUACCCAAAUAUGCUUUGAGUGCCAUUGAUAAGCUAUUACAAGAUAUUUGUAAUAACAACUUUCCUUUUGGUGGUAAGGUUAUUCUUAUGGGUGGAGACUUUAGACAUACUUCCAGUUGUGAACUUGGAAGUGGAACAUUACCUGUCAAGCCUAAAGAUCCUUUGCGAGGGUGUAUUGAAAUACCUGAGCAGUGCUUUCUCAGUGAUAAUGAAUCUAUUGUGGAGAAGAUUUUCGGUGGUGCAGAAGAAGCUGAUUAUGCAAAACGUGCUAUUUUAACGCCAACAAAUGUUGAUUCAUUGGCAAUAAAUGAAGAAGUCCUUCAUCGUUUACCCGGUGAUUCGAGUUUUUAA